AUGGAAGUUUCGGGUUCUCAAAUUCGAGUGCAGUCAUUGGUCGAGGAUGGUAGAAAACCAGUUGUGCCACCUCAAUACGUGCAGCCAGUCGAAACUAGGCCACGGCAUACCCCCGAAGCAAAUAAAAAUUACAUAGAGGCCCCACCAGUUAUCGACAUUUGCAGUUUGGACUCUGUUCGUGAAUUGGGGAAGGCGUGCAAACAGUGGGGGGCAUUCCAUGUGGUGAACCAUGGGAUCCCAGCCGAGCUGUUAGACGAGAUGAGGAGAUUGGGCCGCUUGUUUUUUGAGGACUGCACUAUGGACCAAAAGCUUCGUUUUGCUUGCAACCCCAAUUCACCUGCUUCGGAAGGGUAUGGUAGUCGCAUGCUGGUUGAGUCGAAUGACACUGUUUUGGAUUGGAGGGAUUAUUUUGAUCACCACUCGUUACCCUUUUCACGCAGGGACCCGUCAAAGUGGCCGUCUUUUUCUUCCAAUUACAGAGAAGUUGUAGCUGAGUAUAGUGACCGAAUGAGUGUGCUCGCUGAUAAAUUACUACGUAUGACAUCCGAGAGCUUAGGACUUCCUUCUUCGUGCAUCAAAGAAGCUGUUGGUGAAUUUUAUCAAAACAUCACGGUUAGUUACUACCCGCCUUGCCCGCAGCCUGAGCUCACUCUUGGCUUGCAGUCUCAUUCAGAUUUUGGUGCAAUUACACUUCUUAUUCAAGAUGAUGUUGGGGGCCUUCAAGUCUCCAAGGAUGGAGAGUGGAUUACUGUGAAUCCGUUAAGUGAUGCUAUCUUUGUGAUUUUAGCCGACCAAACUGAGAUCAUAACAAAUGGGCAGUACAAGAGCGCUAUACACCGGGCUAUAACCAAUGCCAAGAAAGCUCGGCUCUCUGUGGCCACAUUUCACGACCCUGCGAAAACAAAAACAAUCAGUCCAGCUUUGGAGCCGCCUAUAUACCGGCCCGUGAUCUACGGGGACUAUGUUUCGUCAUGGUACUCAAAAGGGCCUGAAGGAAAACGAAACAUUGAUAGUCUUCUGCUUUAA